UCGGAAUAUUCAUUCGGUUGGGUUUGCCGAUUGUGUUGCAUUCUGAACGAGACCCAACAUUUCAAAAUCUGUCAACAGUGGCAACACUCUUUGCGAGUGUAUCCGCAUCGACCAUUCAAUUAAGGCAGGUUGUUUGAACUUGUGCCUUGAAACCCGUGACAGCUUCUUGUGAUCUAGCUACACGCAACGGGAUACGAGGGUCGACCAGGCGGUCAAUGUCCUCUGGAUCGUCUCGCUUGUUUUUGCCAUCGCAAGUGCCAUCAACAGUCAACUCACUUAUCAGUGAGUGGAGUACGCCGAUACAAGUCCACCUGAUCAUCUUCUUUAGAUGGUCUUCAAUUGUAUUCAUGACCCCACUCUCAGCUCUCCCAUGGUGGAGAUCCCUGUGGAUCCGCCGAGCGCCUCUCGUCUUUCUUGUUCUAUCCGUAAUAUCAUUCUCCGCGGGCGUUGUCUUCUUCACAUUCUCUCAUUUUUCGAACCAUCCAAUCAUCCCAUUCUGCGUCACAGCUGCUUCAGCGGUCUCAGCAGCAGGACUUUUUUUCGUCGGGACCUGGUUCAUUGCAGAGUAUUUUUCAUUUGGGAGCGGAACGAAGACAGGGGACGAACAUGAUUAUUUGUUCCAUUCAGCAUGGGAUUUGGCGAGUGAUUGGGUUCUGCA